CUGGCCGGAGUUGGCUGGAGCGGUUGCCAUGACAAGCAAUUUCUUAAGACAGCCCCGCUGUUGAGACCGUCCUAGGCUGGGGGUGGGGUGGGGGCACGAACUUCCUGGGGGACCAUCCCUCCGAAGACGGCGAGGUCGGACACCCGCCCAGCUCCCUGCACCCAUUUUCUUCCAGGAAGGUCCUUCGCGUGGAAGGGCUGGGGAAGAAGACCCAGCCCACUCCCCCAGCUCUAGCUCAAAGCUGUAGCUCAAAGCCGGCAUCCCUGGGUGGUUUACCACACUGGGUCGAGCGGUGGGUGGUCACCCCACCCUACUCGGUCCAUGGAAACGCGGAGGGAGAGUCCCGCUUGGAGACACCUGAAUCUUUGCUAGAAAGAGAGAGACCUAGCUGUCAUCGUUAUCCAGGGAGCCCUCCUCUUUCUCCUGAUGACGCUGUUCUACCAUCGAAGUUGCUGGUUGUUGCUAAGGUUGCCUCCAUGGUAACAUGCUUAUCCUGUUUACACUUCUCUAUGGACAAGUAGUCUAAGCUAGGAACCUACCUGCUCUGGAUGACUAUUUUCAUCGCCACACAGAGGACACCAAUCAGCGUGACGCCAAGUCCGUCUUCUACUAAGUUCCCCCAACCUCUUCCUCCUCUCACUAGUAGACUUGAUACAGAAGAAAAGAUCUAGGCUUGGUGUUGCUACUCUGAAGCUUAUUGCACAAGAUAUUGUCAAUUUAUCCCCUAACUGGGCCCCCAGAGAAGAAAGAAGUGAGAAGAAACAGGGAAGAGAAGGCAAGAGACACAGAUCAGUUGGAGGGAAACUCUACAUCUUCUCUGCUUGAGAGUCUGGUAACCGCAGGCAAAAUGACGAGCUCAUCAGCACAUAGCUUGCCGGGCAACUCAGUAGCUGAGGACUAUGAAGGGGAGUUUGGCUGCACAUUAAUGGACUUGAGGAAGCUCAUGGAGCUUCGUGCGGCUGAUGCAGUCACCCAGAUCAGUGCCCACUAUGGAGGUGUACAGAAUAUCUGCGAGAGACUGAAAACCUCCCCUGUAGAAGGUUUAUCUGGGAACCCUACAGAUCUGGAGAAGCGUAGACUUGUUUUUGGACAGAAUGUGAUACCUCCGAAAAAGCCCAAGACUUUCUUAGAAUUAGUGUGGGAAGCCCUGCAGGAUGUCACGCUCAUCAUCCUGGAGAUUGCAGCCAUCAUCUCCCUGGUCCUGUCCUUCUAUCGACCCCCUGGCGGAGACAAUGAAAUCUGUGGUCAGACUACAAGUAGCCCAGAAGACGAGGAAGCAGAAACCGGCUGGAUUGAGGGGGCAGCCAUCCUUACCUCGGUGAUCAUUGUGGUGUUAGUGACAGCCUUCAAUGACUGGAGCAAAGAGAAGCAGUUCCGGGGGCUGCAGAGUCGCAUUGAACUCGAGCAAAAAUUCUGCAUUAUCCGGAAUGGUCAGCUCAUCCAGCUCCCAGUGGCUGAGAUUGUGGUGGGAGAUAUUGCCCAGAUCAAAUACGGUGACCUACUCCCUGCAGACGGAAUCCUAAUCCAGGGCAAUGACCUGAAGAUCGAUGAGAGCUCUCUGACGGGAGAGUCAGAUCAUGUCAAGAAGUCUCUGGAGAAAGACCCCAUGUUGCUCUCAGGGACUCACGUGAUGGAAGGUUCUGGCCGGAUGGUAGUGACUGCUGUGGGGAUCAACUCUCAGACUGGAAUCAUCUUCACCCUCUUAGGGGCCAGUGAGGAAGAUGAGGAGGAAAAGAAGAAGAAAAGUAAAAAACAAGGAGUCUCUGAAAAUCGCAACAAAGCAAAGACCCAAGAUGGAGUGGCUUUGGAAAUCCAGCCUCUCAACAGCCAGGAGGGUAUCGACAGUGAGGAAAAGGAGAAGAAAGUCAGCAAGAUACCCAAGAAGGAGAAGUCGGUGCUGCAGGGCAAGCUCACGCGCCUGGCUGUGCAGAUCGGGAAGGCGGGUCUGAUCAUGUCUGCUCUCACGGUUGUCAUCUUGAUUCUAUACUUUGUGGUUGAAAAUUUCGUGAUACAGCGCAGAUCAUGGCUGCCUGAGUGUACUCCCGUCUACAUCCAGUAUUUCGUCAAGUUCUUCAUCAUUGGCGUCACGGUUUUGGUAGUGGCUGUGCCAGAGGGGCUGCCACUGGCUGUCACCAUCUCACUGGCCUACUCUGUAAAGAAAAUGAUGAAGGAUAACAACUUGGUACGGCACUUGGAUGCUUGUGAGACAAUGGGCAACGCCACAGCCAUUUGCUCUGAUAAAACAGGAACACUGACCAUGAACCGCAUGACCGUGGUGCAAGCUUACGUUGGGGGCACUCAUUACCGCCAGAUCCCAAGCCCUGACAUCUUCCCGCCCAAGGUCCUGGACCUCAUAGUCAAUGGCAUUUCCAUUAACAGUGCUUAUACUUCUAAGAUUCUGCCUCCAGAAAAGGAGGGAGGCCUACCUCGGCAGGUAGGCAACAAGACAGAGUGUGCCCUGCUGGGCUUUGUCACAGAUCUGAAGCAGGAUUACCAAGCAGUUCGCAAUGAAGUGCCCGAGGAGAAGCUCUUCAAAGUGUACACCUUCAACUCAGUGCGAAAGUCCAUGAGCACCGUCAUCAGGAAGCCUGGAGGGGGCUUCCGCAUGUUCAGCAAGGGCGCCUCUGAGAUAAUGCUGCGCAGGUGUAAUCAAAUCCUGGACAAGGGAGGAGAAUGCGUACAAUUCAAAAAUAAGGACCGAGACGAUAUGGUACGCAAUGUCAUUGAGCCCAUGGCCAGCGAAGGACUCCGGACCAUCUGCAUAGCUUACCGGGACUUCGAUGGCCCAGAGCCCAUAUGGGACAAUGAGAAUGAAGUCCUUGCUGAGCUGAUCUGCAUUGCAGUGGUGGGCAUUGAGGACCCUGUGCGCCCAGAGGUACCGAACGCAAUUGCCAAGUGCAAACGGGCUGGCAUUACUGUCAGAAUGGUGACAGGCGACAACGUCAACACAGCACGAGCCAUCGCCACCAAAUGCGGCAUUCUGACCCCCGGAGACGACUUCCUGUGCUUGGAAGGCAAAGAGUUCAACAGGCUCAUCCGCAACGAGAAGGGCGAGGUGGAACAAGAGAAGCUGGACAAGAUCUGGCCCAAGCUCCGGGUGCUGGCACGAUCUUCUCCCACGGACAAGCACACGCUGGUGAAAGGUAUCAUUGACAGCACUGUUGGGGAACAGCGACAGGUGGUGGCUGUCACCGGUGACGGGACAAAUGAUGGACCUGCCCUAAAGAAAGCAGAUGUCGGUUUUGCCAUGGGUAUUGCGGGCACAGAUGUGGCUAAGGAGGCGUCAGACAUCAUCCUGACUGAUGACAACUUCACCAGCAUCGUGAAGGCGGUGAUGUGGGGACGGAACGUGUACGACAGCAUUUCCAAGUUCCUGCAGUUCCAGCUCACCGUCAAUGUGGUGGCUGUGAUCGUGGCUUUCACCGGAGCCUGUAUCACUCAGGAUUCUCCAUUGAAAGCAGUGCAGAUGUUGUGGGUUAACCUGAUCAUGGACACGUUUGCUUCACUGGCCCUGGCCACAGAGCCCCCUACCGAUUCUCUGUUGAGGCGUCGCCCCUACGGGCGAAACAAGCCUCUGAUCUCACGGACUAUGAUGAAGAACAUCUUGGGCCACGCGGUGUAUCAGCUCACGGUCGUCUUUGUCCUUGUCUUUGCUGGUGAGAAAAUGUUUGACAUUGACAGCGGGAGGAAGGCCCCUCUCCAUUCACCACCCAGCCAGCACUACACCAUCGUUUUCAACACCUUCGUGCUGAUGCAGCUCUUCAAUGAAAUCAACUCCCGGAAGAUACAUGGCGAGAAGAAUGUCUUUGCAGGCAUCUACCACAAUGUCAUUUUCUGCUCCGUAGUUUUAGGCACAUUCUUCUGCCAGAUUUUAAUCGUGGAAUUUGGGGGGAAGCCCUUCAGCUGUACACGCCUCAACCUGGAGCAGUGGUUAUGGUGUCUCUUCAUAGGGAUUGGAGAACUUCUGUGGGGCCAGAUCAUCUCUGCGAUACCUACCCAGUCUCUGAAGUUCCUAAAGGAGGCUGGGCAUGGCGCUGCCAAGGAUGAGAUCACCAAGGAUGCCGAGGGAAUGGAUGAGAUUGAUCUUGCUGAGAUGGAGCUGCGCAGAGGCCAGAUCCUCUGGUUCCGUGGCCUGAACCGGAUUCAGACUCAGAUUGAAGUAAUUAACACAUUCCAGACGGGAGCCUCCAUUAAGGGAGUCCUAAAGCGACAGAACAUGAACCAACAGCUUGAUGUAAAGCUGGUUCCUAGCUCCUAUUCCAUCAAAGUGGUCAAAGUGUUCCAUAAUUUCCAACAAGUCAUCCAUAAACCCAGGAACCAACACUCCAUCCACAACUUCAUGAACCACCCUGAAUACAACGUAGACGAUGAAUUUCCGAAGUCACCCCAGGAUGACCAAGAGGAAGAUUCUGGACCGAGUUCUAAAUCGGGGACUGGGGUGCUCCUGUUGGAUGGUGAGGCCACUCCACAUGACAACAAAAACAACAAUGCCGUGGAUUGCAACCAAGUGCAAAUCGUCACCUCCCAUUCCGACAGCCCUCUGCAAAGCCUGGAGACAUCAGUUUGAACUUCCAUUCUCUGACUCCCGUCCCUGCUUUCCCUGUUUCUUUUAUCAUCUAUCCCGUCUAUAAGGUGACGAUGGGACUUGUCACUGUUAUGUCAGCUGCUCCUAAGUGUGUGAGAACCCCUACCUGGCCGUGAAGAAACCAGAGCACAGACCUACAAGGAUUCGGUCAAACCCUGGGCAGGUAAUGGUAGAUCUACUCCUCAAGUGUAUCAGUUGUCGUCUUUAGAAAAAUGAUGACAAUCCUCCUGGCAUCACCCAGCCCAAAGUCUCCACGGCAUUCCCGCAUGUGUCACCGCCUCCUGACUUGGAGACUUUAUGAGUUUCUGCCAUUGACAAGCUAAGUUGUAGGCUCAGGGAGAGACAGAUACCCUGUGUUUGUGUUUCAGUAGACUGAUUAUCCUUAGAACAUUUUUCCUAUUUUGAAAGUGCCCACCCUAAGGCCUCUAGCUCUUCCUGCUCUUCAGUCUGACCUCUCCAAGGUUCUUUGGUUCUUAUGUGACCCUUACCAUCCCUUCCUCUCACUUUUUUUUUUUCCUCCUAAGUUGUGGUAAUUAAGAGAAUGGAAAGGACAUGGACAAGUUGAGUCAACUUUGGCCCCUUCUGGCCCUGGUAGAACCUUUCAUUUUGUUCUAGAGGCAAGCAGAUUUCUUUGCUAAAAUGGUCUUUUUGGAGCAAAUGAGCUAGUGAAAUAUUUCUCUGUUUCCACCAGGUCAGCUCCAACUUCUGAAUGUCCAUCUGUCUUCUUGAGUGUGUUGGGGUUUUUAAGUGCCAGGGAAAUCAGCCAUGACCAGGAAGCUUUCAUAUGUAUAAUAUAUAGUUUUUACCACAGGCCUGAGCUUCUUCCUUGCCUAAGGUGGUAGCAAAAGAAUGAAUGGGCCAUGACCCUGCCUCCUAGCUGGAUGAGGAAUUUCAGGACCAACAUGGAGCAGGCGUAGGACCAGAAAUCACUGAAGCAGACUAUUUUCAAGGGUAUUUGCCAAGGCUCUCCCAGGGCAGGAGCUGAUGGUUAGGGGAAUGAGUGUUAUGAAGCCUUGGGAGGGGCUAAAGAACCAAUCCAUCAGGAUCUGAGAAACCUCCCCUCAGGCUAGGCGCCUGAGUACCAGCUUUGACAUUCUCUUUGCUUUUCUAAUUCUAUGCUUUGUUGUGUUCCACAACAUUUUCCGCCUCUAAGGAGGUCCCCAACCUUUGCAAAUAUUUCAAUGUUGAAAAUACACACCGGAAAGAGGAGGCUCCCUGACAGGGUUCUGAUGCAAGGAGCAGAAGGCCCUCCCCGGAAAGCUCCCUGCCUCCUCUCUCCUCGCUUCACACACACACACACACACACACACACACACACACACACACACACACACGCUCUCCCAGCCUUCAGCGGUGUCUCCACUGCUGCCCAGGAAAGCCCGUGCCUUUUUACCCCCAACACUGCCCAAUGCAUCCUCUGCCCACUCGCCUCUCAGGAGUUGGGAACUUCACCGAAAGGGACUUCGCCUUACUGGGACGAGGUGGAGGCACGUUCCCAGGUGCUCCAUCUGUACCCCUGCUAUGCUGAUCUAAGCAUUUUUGUGCAGGUGGACCAAAUUGAUGUCCCCAAGUCCCAUCUCCCAUGAGUUCAGUGAAGCCUGCCUCCCACUUUCUAGGGGGAUGGAAAUAAGGAGGAUGCGCGAGGCUCAUGAGAACUGCCAGGUUUCCACUUGGGAGAGAAAGACAAGAUGAACUUGUCCACUCCUAGCCUUUCUUCUAGAGAUCUUCCUCCCACCCAAGCUGCCAAGACAGGAUGAGUGAACAAUCACCAUUCCACACCCAUUACAGCAUACUCCAUCAUUACAGGAAGUAGCGAGAAGGCUGAGAUUGGGGUUUUGCAAAGCUUACACACUUGAGCAAUCUUUCCUUGUGGCGAAAAAACAGCUCACUGGAGUUGUUAAUUAUUCACACACACACACACACACACACACACACACACACACACACUUAAGUACAUUCGAAGAUUGAUUCUGUCAACUCUUUUAUUACCUCAGAUCAUUUUUCAAAGCAAGCCAAUAACAAGCUUCGAAGGCCAUUUACCAUCCUUGCUCCCAAGGGACUUUUGUGGUGCCUGGAAGGUCACUCUUGAGGGCUUUAUGUCUACUUUUUCAAAGUCAAUAGUGUGUGUGUGUGUGUGUGUGUGUGUGUGUGUGUGUGCCUAUGUAUGUGUGUGUUCUAGUUUCCAUAGUAAGAGAGAAAAUAUAGAAAUAUUAUGCAAAAAACAUAGUUUUCUUUAGAUCAGAAACUAAUAUUUUUGAGUCAGCCAUAUAUAUAUAUUGUUUGAAGAACUUCAAAUAAAAUGCCGUCGCAGAGCACCAUGGAGGGAGCACACAGCCAGCUGUUUGGCAUGACAGGUGGCUCAGUAUAUUUGUAAUUGGUUUAAAAUAUAUAUAUAUAUACACCAUACUUCCUUUCUCCGAACAGCCAUCUUUAUAUUUAGGGAAAAAUAAUUGUUGGGUUCUAGACUUUUUUAAUAUAUAUUUUGUUGAAAUGGAAUUGAGUAAGUUCAAGUGUUUCUGUGCAUAUGUUUUUUCUAUUCAGUUUCAGUGAUCCAGGUGGCAGUGAGUAAAUAUGACAGAAGUUAAUAACAGUUUCCCCUAAAUGGUGCUUCGGAUUUGAAAGAGGUCUGAUGGGGAGAAAGAGAAACUAUCCUAGAGCCCUCUUUUGAUAACCCUGCAGGUAGUGAGGGAAACCCCAGGAAAGAGACUUCUCAUCUGUCAGGACAUGGAUGUAUGCUGCCGUGGAGGAGUGCCAGGCUUGUUGGUAACCAGGGCCGAGGGCCAGUUGGGCUUGUGUAUGAGGAGUUAGCGAGCAAGCAGUGUCAAUGACAGUCUCUCCUGGUAGGCAAGGGAACUGUGACAUGGGGCUUGCAUUUCUUUAUGCUUCUUUCACUUCCCCUUCUCCCUAGAGUGACCCCAUUAGUGAGUUUUUGUGCAUGAAUCUGAGUAGUGGCACCUUCCUCUUUUGUACGACACAGCAGAUGGGAGACUGAGCUCCAAAUGGAAAAGAUAAAUACAGCAAUGGUUGCUUCCAGUCUGACAGUCUGAGGACUAGGUCCCACUCAAAAGUCCUUCACUGUCCUCUAGAGUGCUUUUCCCAUCCCAAAGGAUGUAAGAGAGACCAGCUAGAUCCCCUCUGGGCCUUUGUGGAUUCCUCAGGUUUGGAUUUAUAGUUUCCUUCAAGCUUUAGGGGACAAUUGCGCAGAACAAUCAGAGGGAUUACCUCACUGCCGAAAAUCCAGAGGGGCACGCGUGCUUGAGUGUGCCUGACUCCCCUCCUGCAUCCCUCCCUUUCUUCCCAUCCCUUGCCUUACAGUUGAAGCUACCUGUGGUACCAUCCCAGUCUGCGCACUCAGCCACCUUUGCGUCUCGGGUCCGCCCCACGGCACUGGUGGGGGUGCGCACUUACAAUGCCUGCUGUUCUAAAGCCAUCCCGGCCUCUUCCUCAGUAGACCACGCACCCUCCCUCCCUGCCAUUCAGCUCAGAGCCAGAACUUUUGCCUUCCCAGCUCUGCAGUUAGGCCUGCUGUCCCCUUUCUUCUUCCUGGGAGAGGUGAAGGGAGGUGAGCUCCCUGCAACCCAAUCGGCCUUUGGUUCGUGUUUUCUCCCCAUGUGUAUAUAUGCCAUAUGUAAAUAUGCCAUAUAUAUGUGCCAACAAAUUGAUCUAUGCCAUCUUUUCUAAUCGGGCAUGCAGAUAGGAAUUUUGAGUUUCUUCUCAGUAACUAGUAUAAUGAGCACUGGUUAUUUUUGUACAAAAGAAAAAGAAAAAAAAAAAACAAACAGAAAAUUGACUGUUGUAGUCUGCAUGACAGACACGAUGAUAUCAAAGCAAUGUGUAUCCUAGUGUGUAUUGCCAUAGUUUGCAGUUCAGCUUAACAGUGCACCCAAUCUGUAUUUGCAUUUGAUAUUAUUUAAGCUCUAUGUAUAAUGUUUCGCAUGUAUUUAUAUGGUUCUUGGGGGGGGAUGCUAUAAACUGACAAAUCUGUAAUGCAAAUGUGUCGUCCCACUGACACGGGAAGAAGAGUUUGAAAAGGGGUCAUUUUUUUGGAACCAAUAAAGCUUUUUGCUGAUGAGCAGAAACCAAUGCCAUGCACUGAGAAUAAAAACCCAUGCCCACUUGUAA